UUUUUUUUUCACAUUAUUCAUUUGUAUCAUAUAAAUCGUCCCGGAAUAAACAUUCGGAGCAUCGUUAAUUCCGAAGUACUCAAGAACAGAAGAAAGGUAAGUUUGGGGAUCUUGAAAGGCAUACCAGCUCAGAGACACCGGGUCGACUCAGAAAUGGCUUUAGGCGGACCAACUCCACCAAGAGGAAGUGCAGCAGCUACUGCAAGCAUGCGCCGGAGGAGGACAACUAGUAGUGGGGCCUCCGGAGGUGCAGCCGGGACUAUGCUCCAGUUUUACACGGAUGAUGCCCCAGGACUCAAGAUCUCUCCAAAUGUUGUUCUUGUCAUGAGCAUUGGCUUCAUAGCCUUUGUUGCAAUCCUUCAUGUCAUGGGUAAGCUGUACUUUGUGCGUAAAGAGGCUUAGAAGGGCAUGAUGAUAGGUUCCUAAACUCAAUGUGGUGAAUUAUGGGUUUUCCAUUGACUUAGUAAUGUUUAAGGGACAAAAUGUAGUUGUAGUUUGUCAACUUUAAGAUUUUGCUUCUUCAUCAGAAUGAGAAUAUAGUCAUUGAAAAGCA